CCACAAUCCGAAAUUUCGCAAAAAAUAACCACAAUGUGCUGUAACUAUGCUUUGUUUAACUUUAAGUACUAUUCAGGACACAUUAGAGUACAUUAAUAACUAAAUGUCUUGCAAGCUGACCAGCUUAAAAUUUUUUUUUACUCUGCUGUGGAAUUAAUUACUAUUUAUUCGAGAUUUUUUUUCAGCAGUUUCAAUACGAACCUUUUAACAUGGAUUGGUUUACUUGACGGGAACAAAUAGUACGUGAUCUCAGUAUUUAUAAUUCUAUCUAUUGUCAAAAAUGGACUCGUUUAGAGUGAGUUUGAAAGAAAUUUACAAGAUGGAUUCGGUGGCAAUCAUGUUGCAAUUUCUGGAUCAGUGCUGGCGGAGCAAAGAAUCUCGAGCGCAAGAAUUAACUGCAAAGAAUGAUAACGACGUCUCUGUUAUCUCAGCCGCCAUAAGCGCUCUGGGGCCCGAGGCUUCAGAAGGUUAUCCGACGAAGAUGUCUUGGGACCCGCUCCUGCUCUGGGUGUGUCCAACUCAAGAUCUGCUCGACCGCAUCGCGUUUCACGUCAGCUCAAUAGGCCUGGAGGCAUUGACGUCAGUCGGCAGUGGGACCGGACUCCUGGAGUGGCUUUUACACAAGUCAUCAGGUCUUGAUGUGACAUCGCUGGAAGUCAACAGAAGUUGGUGGCAGAGCAAAUACGCUCCCCCGCGUUUUAUGUCUCACGUUUACGUUGACGAACUUCAACCAAACGACACCGGAGAAGACAACGAAAUACAGCCUACCUACGCAGUCCCAUCAUCCCACGCACUCAUGACUUGUUAUUUCAACAAUAUUCAAGCCUUCAGGAGAUAUUUGGAGAUGUACAGCGGGCCUCUGCUGCUGAUCAUCGGCUCUGAGAGCAGCGCCACCAAGACAGAGCCGUCGCCCCUGCAGUUCCGGGACAGCGACGCCUGGUGCUUGUGUGACACCCUGGCCCUGGGCGGCCCAUCUCGACACGACCUCCUCGCUGUCUACAAGCGCAGACCAGCUGGGGCCAUACUUUGAAAAAAAAAAACGUAGCU